UGCUUCGUGAACUGUGAACCUGGCCCCGCCUGCGCCACGGGCCCUAGAGCGCUUUCCUGCGUACGGUGGGUGGGGCUUUUAAAGGCUGUUCACGCAAAGGCCAACUGGGCUAAGAUGGUGUCCGCUGGGCGUCCCGGGACGGUUUCCUGAGGGAUUCGUGGGCCCAACAGUGGGAGGGAAGAGACAGAAGCCCAGGCCCUUGUCCCACACAGGUAGGAAGCAGGGAGCCUUUCUAGCCUUCUGAGGUCCGAGGGCCAAACCCCAACCAAGUACGCCGUGGGAGCGAACAAAUGUUGGAAAUGAAAACGCCGAAAGCGCGGGGAGGCGGAACUGUUUCAUGGUCACCAUUUCGCGACGUCUAAGUGACGUCGCACAGCAAGCACGUAUUCUACUCUUUCACCUUCAGGCAGCCUCCUCAUUGUAAGAGCCUACGCCUUUAAGCGAGUGAUGGACAGUUAUUUCGGCCUAUCAACUUCAUCGUCAACAUCCAAUCAGAUUUAAACUUCUUUCAGCCGCCGGAGGAGUUGGAAGAAAGGCGUCGAAAGAGGGAGCUUUCUUUCUCUCGCGAGAUCGCUGUGAGCCGGCCUCUCAAAAAAAAAAAAAAAGCUAGAACAUAUGGCCUGACUUCCCAAAUAGUAGGUUAAAGGACGGGGUCAUAAACCAAUGAAAGUUAUGAGGAGGCGGGAUCACUGCUUUCGUCCCGCAAGAAGUACCGUUAGAGGGCAGACUUUUUGUCCAAUCAACGCCUCAAGACUUUGGGUCAGGUGACCGUCGAGUGCGAGGGGCGGGGCUACAGUCUGGCGCGAGGAACCGUUAAGAUGGACAACGAAUAUAACCAAUGAGGUACUCUGACUAGGGUGUUGGGAACCCAAUAACAGUGGUCGGGCGGGCGCCUUCCCGGAGCGCGGGGAGAUGUAAAGACAGACAAAUAGUUUUCCCAAUGAGACUGUAGAAGUGUGGAGCUAAUUGACCAAUGAAGACGGCGGGGCGGGAGCCUCUGCCGCGGCAGAGUCCAAGAUGGCGGCGUGCGGUUCCGCUGUGUGAAACGAGCGCGGGGCGGCGGGUUAGUCAGUUCCGCGGAGAAGAUCUCCGACGACCCGCUACCAUGAAGGGAAAAGAGCGCUCUCCGGUCAAGCCGAAACGCUCCCGUGGUGGUGAGGAUUCGACUUCCCGCGGGGAGCGGAGCAAGAAGUUAGGGGGCUCUGGUGGCAGCAAUGGGAGCAGCAGCGGAAAGACCGACGGCGGUGGCGGGUCGCGGCGCAGCCUUCAUCUGGACAAGUCUAGCAGCCGAGGUGGUAGCCGCGAGUACGACACCGGAGGGGGCAGCUCUAGUAGCCGCUUGCAUAGUUACAGCUCCCCAAGCACCAAAAAUUCCUCGGGCGGGGGCGAGUCGCGCAGCAGCUCCCGGGGUGGAGGCGGGGAGUCACGUUCCUCUGGGGCCGCCUCUUCAGCUCCUGGCGGCGGAGAUGGCGGGGAAUACAAGACACUGAAGAUAAGCGAGUUGGGGUCCCAGCUGAGUGACGAAGCAGUGGAGGACGGAUUGUUUCACGAGUUUAAACGCUUCGGUGAUGUAAGUGUCAAAAUCAGUCAUCUCUCGGGUUCUGGCAGCGGGGAUGAGCGAGUAGCCUUUGUGAACUUCCGGCGGCCAGAGGACGCGCGGGCGGCCAAGCAUGCCAGAGGCCGCCUAGUGCUCUAUGACCGGCCUCUGAAGAUAGAAGCUGUGUAUGUGAGCCGGCGCCGCAGCCGCUCCCCUUUAGACAAAGAUUCCUAUCCUCCUUCAGCGAGUGUGGUCGGGUCCUCUGUAGGUGGUCACCGGCACCCCCCUGGAGGAGGUGGUGGAGGCCAGAGAUCACUUUCCCCUGGUGGCGCAGCCUUGGGAUACAGAGACUACCGGUUGCAGCAGUUGGCCCUUGGCCGCCUGCCCCCUCCACCUCCGCCACCACUGCCCCGAGACCUGGAGAGAGAGCGAGACUACUCGUUCUAUGAGAGAGUGCGCCCAGCCUACAGUCUUGAGCCAAGGGUGGGAACUGGAGCAGGUGCUGCUCCUUUCAGAGAAGUAGAUGAGAUCUCACCCGAGGAUGAUCAGCGAGCUAACCGGACGCUUUUCUUGGGCAACCUAGACAUCACUGUGACAGAGAGUGAUCUAAGAAGGGCCUUUGACCGUUUCGGAGUCAUCACAGAGGUAGACAUCAAGAGGCCUUCUCGGGGCCAGACCAGUACCUAUGGCUUUCUCAAAUUUGAAAACCUAGAUAUGUCUCACCGGGCCAAACUAGCGAUGUCUGGCAAAAUUAUAAUUCGGAAUCCUAUCAAAAUUGGCUAUGGCAAAGCUACACCUACCACCCGCCUUUGGGUAGGUGGCCUGGGUCCUUGGGUGCCUCUUGCUGCCCUGGCACGGGAGUUUGACCGAUUUGGCACCAUACGCACCAUUGACUACCGCAAAGGUGAUAGUUGGGCAUAUAUCCAGUACGAAAGCCUGGAUGCAGCUCAUGCUGCUUGGACCCAUAUGAGGGGCUUCCCACUUGGUGGCCCAGAUCGUCGCCUUAGAGUAGACUUUGCAGACACAGAACAUCGUUACCAGCAGCAGUAUCUGCAGCCUCUGCCGUUAACUCAUUAUGAACUGGUGACAGAUACUUUUGGACACCGGGCACCCGACCCUUUGAGGGGUGCUCGGGAUAGGACACCACCCUUACUGUACAGAGAUCGUGAUAGGGACCUUUAUCCUGACUCUGAUUGGGUUCCGCCCCCACCCCCAGUCCGUGAACGCAGCACUCGGACUGCAGCUACUGCUGUGCCUGCUUAUGAGCCACUGGAUAGCCUGGAUCGCAGGCGGGAUGGCUGGUCCUUGGACCGGGACAGAGGUGAUCGAGAUCUGCCCAGCAGCAGAGACCAACCUAGGAAGCGAAGGCUGCCUGAAGAGAGUGGGGGUCGGCAUCUGGAUAGGUCCCCAGAGAGUGACCGUCCACGGAAACGUCAUUGCGCGCCUUCUCCUGACCGCAGUCCAGAAUUGGGCAGUAGCCGGGAUCGCUACAACAGCGACAACGAUCGGUCUUCCCGUCUUCUCUUGGAAAGGCCCUCUCCAAUUAGAGACCGACGAGGUAGUUUGGAGAAGAGCCAGGGUGACAAGCGAGACCGUAAAAACUCUGCAUCAGCUGAACGGGAUAAGAAGCACCGGACAACUGCUUCCACGGAGGGUAAAAGCCCUCUGAAAAAAGAAGAUCGGCCUGAUGGGAGUGCAUCCAGCACCAGCACUGCUUCAUCGAAGCUGAAGUCCCCUUCCCAGAAACAGGAUGGGGGGACCGCCCCUGCAGCAGCAGCAUCUCCCAAACUCUGUUUGGCCUGGCAGGGCAUGCUUCUGUUGAAGAACAGCAACUUUCCUUCCAACAUGCAUCUGUUGCAGGGUGACCUUCAGGUGGCUAGUAGUCUUCUUGUGGAGGGCUCAACUGGAGGCAAAGUGGCCCAGCUCAAGAUCACUCAGCGUCUUCGUUUGGACCAGCCCAAGUUGGAUGAAGUAACGCGACGCAUCAAAGUGGCAGGGCCCAAUGGUUAUGCUAUUCUUCUGGCUGUGCCUGGAAGUUCUGAUAGCAGGUCCUCUUCUUCCUCAGCCACAUCAGACACUGCCACCUCUACUCAGAGGCCACUUAGGAACCUCGUGUCCUACUUAAAGCAAAAGCAGGCCGCUGGGGUGAUCAGUCUCCCUGUGGGGGGCAACAAAGACAAGGAAAACACCGGAGUCCUUCAUGCUUUUCCACCCUGUGAGUUCUCCCAGCAGUUCCUGGAUUCCCCUGCCAAGGCACUGGCCAAAUCUGAAGAAGAUUACCUGGUCAUGAUCAUUGUCCGUGCAAAACUGGUGAACAUCGGAUGAAGACAUGGAAUUCAAAGCUCUAAUGGACCUUUUUGAAGAGAAGUUGUGGCUUAUGUGAAGUUUACAUGGGCCUCUUGAUGGAAGAAAGCUAAUCUGUUUAGUAUUUGUGCAUUUUACUAAAAUGGCAGCUUAAAGUUGUGUAUCUGCUAUUGUGAUGCCAAUGCCGGUGUUUUAAGUGGAAAAAAAAAUGACCUUGCUUUGUGCUGUGUACACAAGAUUUCUGGAAAAGAAAAACCCUUUUUAUGGCUCACACAGCUUAAAAGUAGCUGUCACUCAAACGUGCGCUCACAGUUGAGCUGCUUUUGUUUUAUUCUAAAUAAAUUGUUUCUUUUGAGGAAAAUGUUUUUCUGCCUGGAAGUGAAUUGACGGCAAACCUUUGACCCCUUUGUUUGCAGCUGAGGGGGUACUUGCUGCUGCUCAGAUCUUGUAUGUCUUGAGCAAGAAGCAGGGAGACCAUCAUUUUGACUAUCACAGUGUGUCAAUUCUGAAGGAUCACUAGUGUUACUGUGACCCCCUUUGUUUGCAGUGAAGGGGAUCAUUUGCUUCUCAGUCCUCAACUUGAUGAGGAAAUGGUGCUGUUUGCUGGCACGCACGAAGCCGGGGCAAGCACCGUAAGCCUCACCACAGUGCACAAGUCGGGGGCUUUGCUGGUUUGAAGAGCCGGAGUUGCUGAAUUUUAAGUUUUGAUUUAUUUUGUCCACCCAUCACGUUUGGCCUUAGUUUCAUUUUAAUUUGAAGAAAAGUUUGAAAUUGCUUUAUCUUGCACUUAACAUUUGCACCAAAUUGCCAAAAGAAGGAGAAAUGCUCCACUUGCUUUUUAAAUGUUAAUGAUGAUGUUAAUAAAGCCUUUCCUGACACACUUGAGGAGCUCCUCCAUCUUCAGGGGCUUCUUACCAGAGUUAUGCAGUGAUGGGUUUAGUUCUGAAUGGAUGAAGAGUUCCUGAGAGCUAGCGUUUGUAAUUAGAACCAUUACUUGGUAUCUGUGCCUUAUUUGACCUGUGGUUCUACAUGCCUUGGAUGUGCAUGCACCGUGACGGUUUCAUAGGUACGAACGCACACUCAGGCCCAGUCACUUCGGUUGGUAGUACAGAUUGUGAGGAAAAAUGGAGGCAUCCUUAAGGAGGAAAAAGUGUUUGCCUUUAGUUCCUGCAUUAUCCUGUACAGGGGCUCCUGAUCUUUGGAAGCUGUUUCCAGUACAGGAGAACAACUCCCCUGUUUGCCGCAGGAGACUUCGGUGCACAGUGACAACGCUGGAGUUCAAGAGGAAGCCAGCAGUGCUGCACCAUUGGCUUCAGACACCAUUGUUGUUUGCCAGUUUUAAACUUAAUAGUUGCAGACGAAGACCACCUUGAAAUUCAGGCUUGUUGGGCUUGUUUUGAAUUUUAACCUCGGAUGGAAGAGCCCUAGUGCUGUCUGUCUCCAUGCGGGAUGAUGAUUACUUAGGCAACAGGUGAUUAUCAACAAAGGAUGCCACGCUUAUACUCUGCAAGGUGGUGUUCCAGUGGCAAACAGCUGUAUAAACUCUUACAAACAGGAACUACUGACAAUCAAAAACCUAUAGCCGACUUUGGGAUAUGGCUUUAUUAUUCAGCAACUAAAAGAUGAGUUCUAAUUGGCAGACUUCUGGCAUUGGCACUUGUCCUUCUGUUUCUAUAGAAACUGGGUUGGAAGUCAGAGCUGCACAAAGGGAAAGGCCAAACAGGAUGAGAUCGUCUGUUGGGCACAUACAUAAGUUCUCAUCCAGGCAGACACCCAUUAAUCGUAGAACCUAAGACACCUGCCACUUGGAAUGAGAAAAUCAUUGUUCAUGUACCAUGUUUAACUAGUCUUUUGACUGAGGAUUAUUGUGAAACAUUUUACUCUUUGCUCGAUUGCUCAUUUGUAAUACCUGUAAUUUUUAUAGGAAUUUCAACUUUUAUAAUUUGAUAAUAACAAAUCUAGGUAAGUAUAAAAUGAGAAUCUCAUAUAGUUCAGAAGAUCUGAGUUUGGUUUAGAAAAAUGUUUUGUAACCAGUAAACCUUUCAAUUUAGUUAAAGACAAUAAUGUAACUGUCCAUACCAGUUGAGAGAUGAGGUGAUCUGCAAAUCACUAUUUCUGAUAUUCUUAAGUAGUUGCUGCUGGAAGUUAGGGACAAAUCUAACAGCCUCUGUAAAAUCCUCUUUGUCAUUUCACAGAACAGCGACUUACAGAAGCAAGGACUAUCCUGAAAUCUCCCUUCAGCAGGAUGCCUAGCGCAACAUUGUAGUCAAUGAGAGAUCAUGAUACAGAGAAGGAAACUUAACUGAAUUAUAUAUCAAUUAUCAUAAUCUUGUUUAAGAUACUUUGAGCAGCUCCCAGACUAAAAAUCUAUACUUAAGCUUUUAGCAACAGCCUUAUCACUUCCUUUAGCUUUUUUGGUAGAACUUACAAAAUUAUGAUUGCCUACAUAGUAUUCUGAGAGUUAGCAGGUAAAAAUUCUACCAUGAGCUCUGUCUUUAUCCUUACAUAUGGUGCUAGGAUAUCGUGGAUAUUGGGUAGCAAAAGGCUUGUAAUUUUUCUUUUGACUCACAAUAAGAAAUGUAUUUAUAUCAUAUAUAUUUUUUAUUACAUAGGUGUGUGUGCGUGUGAAAUAAAUUUCACAAUAAAGUGAUGCACUCUGUUUUCUGA